CCCGCCCGCGGUUCGCGCUCGCCUCCCCGGGACACGCUCGCUCGCCAGUACCGCGCGCAGCCCGCAGCACAAUGGCAGAAUCCCACCUGCAGUCAUCCCUGAUCACAGCCUCACAGUUUUUUGAGAUCUGGCUUCAUUUCGACUCUGAUGGAAGUGGUUACCUGGAGGGAAAGGAGCUGCAGAACUUGAUCCAGGAGCUCCUGCAGGCGCGGAAGAAGGCUGGAUUGGAGUUAUCACCUGAGAUGAAAACUUUUGUGGACCAGUAUGGACAGAGAGAUGAUGGAAAGAUAGGAAUUGUAGAGUUGGCUCACGUACUACCCACAGAGGAGAAUUUCCUGCUGCUCUUCCGAUGCCAGCAGCUGAAGUCCUGUGAGGAAUUCAUGAAGACUUGGAGAAAGUAUGAUACUGAUCAUAGUGGCUUCAUAGAAACUGAAGAGCUUAAGAAUUUUCUAAAGGACCUCCUAGAAAAGGCAAACAAGACUGUUGAUGACACAAAACUAGCUGAGUACACAGAUCUAAUGCUGAAACUAUUUGAUUCAAAUAAUGAUGGGAAGCUGGAAUUGACUGAGAUGGCCAGGUUACUACCAGUGCAAGAGAAUUUUCUUCUCAAAUUUCAGGGAGUAAAAAUGUGUGGGAAAGAGUUCAAUAAGGCUUUUGAACUAUACGAUCAGGAUGGAAAUGGAUACAUAGAUGAAAAUGAACUGGAUGCUUUACUCAAAGAUCUGUGUGAGAAGAAUAAACAGGAACUGGAUAUUAACAAUAUUACUACAUACAAGAAGAAUAUAAUGGCUUUGUCGGAUGGAGGCAAGCUGUACCGAACAGACCUUGCUCUUAUUCUCUCUGCUGGGGACAACUAGAAUUGAUGGCCACAACCACUUGCUAGCUAUACCUUGUACCUAAAACCAUAACUGUGCACUAUAAAGGAGUAGGCUGUAUUUUCUUUUAUAUCUGUAAAUUUCCCUGCAUAUAGAUGAUUAUCUAGGAUGUGUGGCACAUUCUUUUCUGCUUGUUUCUAUACUGUUUGUAAUGUACAGUUUUUGUAAUUAUAAAAUUGAAAAGGAGAAAGUCCAUGCAUAGGCCAGUCAGUACAACCAACUAUAAAAUAAUCUAAUUUUUUUGCUUAUAAUAUAAAUACAGCUGUACAUUGAGAGUUCCCUCUGAAAAAUGUACCAAGACUAAUCUCUCAAAUUCUAGUGUCUGGUGUGCUAAUGCACAUUUUGUCACUGAGUAAAGGAAUAUGACAAGCCAAGCCUUUUUUAGGCAAUCACAGGACUGCCCCACAAAGAACUUCUAAACUGUGUUUCCAACUACUGGGAGGGAUGUGCUUGUGCAUCAAAAUUCCAAAAUAUCAAUAGGUAGUUACUUAUGGCUUUAUUAACUGGCUCCCUAGAGAUUUAGUUUACUAAUCAGUGGCAUGUGUACUGCUUGAAUAGAUACCAAACUAUUGGCUCAAGUUGAUUGGUUGACAAGGGAAGGUAGCCAGAUAACACACAAACCUGAUUCUACGACUCUACUUUCACCAAGUCUACUGCUAGAGAGUACAACCUUAACACAUUUUCUAAAUUAUUUUCAUGUGUUUCAGAUUGUAAUUAUUCUAGUAAACUGCUCUUUAUGUCAUAUUCUCUGUAUGUUUUCUGAUUAAAUUUAAUGUACUGAGUAUCCUGAUGUCUAGUUUGUGUACUUCCUGGAUUUUCCUUCCAUGUAGCACUGUUCCUUUCCACUAAGGGUAUAUUGGCUGGCUCUGAAAAUAUUUUUUUCUAGCUAUAAUUCUAUUUUUUACUAUAUAAUUGAAUUUUACUGUACAAUUCUUAGCAACCUGAUUAAGAGUUCUAUCACCAAUAUUCUUGUGUAUUCAUUCUAUGGAAUCUACAUUUCAUAUUGAGAUCAGCAUCCAAAAUAGCUCUAUUUCUAUCUUCAGGGUUUCGAAGAUGAGUCAAAACUAGCCUCAGAAGAGUAUUGUUCAUGUAAUCAUUUAUCUUAUAUAGCAAAGGAGGUUCUCAAAUGUUCUUUUAUUUGCAACUAAACUGUUUCAUAUACAUGUAGCUAGAGUAUCCUAUACUGGUUAUAGGUGACAUAUAAUGGUGAUUUUAGAUUCUUUGAUUGUGAAGCAAGGAUCAGCAACAGAGUGUGUGAAAACUACAGUUCCUGUCAGUGAGCAGUUGCCCUUGAGAAUGAACAGAAAAGAGAGCUGCCACAAAAUAAAAUUAAUCCGAAGAUGACAGUGAGAGAGACUGGCUUCGUUGUAGCAUGCAGAUGGAAACAGUGACAUUAGACUGAUUUUAACUACUAAAAAUAAAGAAGAAAAUUAUCUUAA